GAAUAAAAAUAAUUUUGUUGCUAAGAACCCAUUAUUCAUGAACAAUGGUUUCAUGCCAACAAACAAAGCUUAAACCUCAGCGGUAACUCUGUCGCCAUGUCCGUUCACCUCAAACUCUCUCGUCCAAAUCGUAUCUAUCGCCCUUCCGAACUUCUAGAAGGAAAAGUAAUUGUAGAAACACAGUCUUCAAUUUCCCACUAUGGGAUUCGUCUCACUAUCAAAGGAUCUGUCAAUUUGCAGGUUCGUGGAGGUUCAGCUGGGGUUGUUGAGUCAUUCUAUGGAGUUAUUAAGCCGAUCCCUAUUGUGAAAAGGACCGUUGAAGUUAAAUCUUCUGGAAAGAUUGGUUCGGGUACAACAGAGAUACCGUUUUCAUUGAAUCUUAGGCAGGAUGAGAAUUUAGAGAAGUUUUAUGAGACUUUCCAUGGUGCAGAUAUUAGUAUCCAGUAUUUAGUGACUGUAGAUAUAUCUCGCGGAUACUUGCAUAAAUCAUUAUCAGCAACGACGGAGUUCAUUAUUCAAAGUGAUAAAGGUGAUCUUCUACAACGACCACUUUCUCCAGAGAUGGUCAUCUUUUAUAUUACUCAGGACACUCAAAGACAUCCACUGCUUCCCGAAUUAAAAUCCGGUGGAUUUCGGGUGACGGGAAAAAUCUGUACUCAGUGUUCUUUGUCUAGUCCUAUUAAUGGUGAACUAACUGUAGAAGCAUCAGCAGUUGCAAUUCAGUCUAUUGACAUUCAGUUAUUUCGCGUUGAAUCCAUUCUUCACGGGGAGAAAAUUGUGACGGAAACCUCUCUGAUUCAAACAACUCAGAUAGCAGAUGGAGAUGUAUGCCGUAAAUUGGUGCUGCCUAUUUAUGUAAUACUUCCUCGUCUUUUGACCUGUCCAACAAUCUUUGCCGGUCCCUUUUCAAUUGAGUUUAAAGUUGCAAUUGUUAUAAGCUUUCAAUCAGAGCUAUCUAAACUACAUAAAAAGUCUGACUCAAGAACUCCAAGACUCUGGCUGGCGAUGGAAACAUUACCGCUUGAAUUGGUUCGGACAAUUUAAAGAUAUGAUUGAUGUAUGGUUUCUCAGAAUACAACUUUACAUGAAUGUGGAUAAUUUUGAGUGUUAUUGACUAUAUGGCUUUUCAGUUUCAUAAAAUGUAAUUCUAUAUUAUUAAAAGUGCAUUUUUUCAAGAUAGCCUACAGCAA